AUGGAGUUGUGUUCACAAAAUCUUCAAAAUAUUCUUGAAGUCAAACCACAAGUGUUUGGCAGAGAAUUAGCAGAACCUAUAGAUUGCGUCGAGUAUUUCAUUUCGUGUGAAAUAUUCCGUCAGAUCUUAGAAAGUGUUCAGUAUUUGCAUGAAUUGAAUCCACAGAUUAUACACAGAGACCUCAAACCAGAAAACAUAUUGAUUGACAUGAAUGAACCCACCUCACCGAUCAUUCACAGGGAUCUUUACCCAGCUAAUAUACUAAUUAUUAGGAAACCGGGAAACGAAAGGUUCAUUAAGCUAUGCGACUUUGGGUUGGCUACAUUUCAUGAUAAACGUGUCCAUUAUAAUACAAAAUAUAAACAUACCGGUGAGGUGGGUAACAUAAAUUAUAUGCCACCUGAGAUACAAGAAGGCGAAAAGUACGGUAAAAAAUCUGAUGUGUAUAACCUGGGUCGAAUUGGUGGAGAAAUAUUUGGCUAUAAAUCAUCUCGAUACGAUCAGAAUAAAAACUAUUCCGAUAAAAGUGAUCUUAACGUGUCCAUACAUCGUUUGUAUAAGACCCUGGUAUCUAUGGUGGUGGCCCCCAAUUGGCGGGAUAGACCGGAAUGUAGUGAAGUGUUGGCUAAAUAUAACGAGUGGUCUAUCGAUAGGGAUAUUGUUGUCAAAGAUCCAGAAUUUAUUAAUAUUAGAGAAAAGCUUAAAUCACAUGAGAAUGAAAUAUUCUAUGCUAUAUGCGAUAAUAUCCUUAGUGACCAUGCUAUUAUCGUAACUAAUGUGACACUAUUGGUGUUAACCCUUAAAACCGAAACACGGUCCAAUAUAUAG